GGGAGAAUAGAGAGGGAACAGGAUGGAAAGAGAAAGAACGAUAGCACAAAGGAACGAGCUGGAGAAAGACAGAACGAAUCGUGUGAGUCAGUGAUGGCGUACAGCAGCCAGGCCGAGCCCAGCUGUUCUUCGAUCCCCUAACCUACGCCAGUUUAUUUCAGCUACCAACAACACGCUACGUGGUCCCAAACGCGUUUCUCUUUUACCACGCGCAGUGUCUUUUAUCCGGCGAUCUUACUUCCGCUUUCGAUCGACCUUCCCGAUUCGUCGCACGGUUCGAAAUAAAAUGAAAAAUGCGAGUGAGAAAUGAUAAGAAUAAGGCGAAGAUUGUGAAUUCGUCGGUGAACCUCAUCGGUAUUGGAACCUCCACGGUACUUCCGGUGACUCGUCUCUCCCCACUGUGCAUCCGGGCUUACCAUUGAAAACGUGCGUGUCCCUUCGCGGACCAUCUCGUUAUCUGCCUUUCGAGGAACCUUUGAACCGUGUUCCCUUUGGUUCGUUCGAGCGAGAAAAUAACGAAUCGAUCGUGAUAUCGCGCGUUUAAGUGGUGAACGUCAUUGUUUCGUACCAAAGACGAGUGCUACGACUGUUCUCGAUGUACUGCGGAGUUUUUAAUGGGGAUUCUUUGGGAAGAUGUCAAGGGAAGACUUGGAAGAGAGGAGAUUCCGAAGUCCGUUUGAACUCGAGCGACUUUUAUCAUAGGAAACGUGUAAUAUGAAAAAUGAGAGUUCCACGAGGGUGAUGAAUUUUGAAGAGACUCGCUGGGAAUUUUAUUCCAGGUAAAUCUACCGAUCAAAGAGACAAAAUUUAUUCUUUUAUGACAGUCAGGAGUUUGAUAGAGAAUUGGACGAUUUUUGGAGAAAUUUAUCCUCGGUUGAUUUCUUGGCCGGGAGAUCAACCGUGACAGACGGAGGGAAAUAGAUUUUCCUUCUUUAUCUGUGGUCGCAAAAGGCGCGUCCGGUCAAUUUGCGAAACGAAUGGCAAAACGUGGGCUGCGAACUAGCGACGUAUAACUAUAAAUGGAACUUGUAGUGGUACAGCGUCGAUGGUGUGUCGCAAAGAAAAUUCAAAUGAGAAUCAAUGCAAUCUAAAACAAAUUUACCAAUUAGAUAUAGAAAUUGAGCACUUAGUCUCCGAUGAUGAAUUUUUAGAAACUUACAGAUGUCUAGAUCGAUUCUGCCAUAACGGAAGCUCGAUUUUCUUUGAAUUAUCGAUUACUCCCUGACAAAGCCUCGGCGGGAUCGAAUGACGCACGCCGAUACACGCUCGGUUCCGCGAAGCGUAUCGCGAAAUCGUUCCUCGUUCCGAACGCGUCCGUCUACGAGGCGCCUUCGAGCCUCGAGAAAUAGUUCCUUCGACGCAUUCCAGAAAUUCUCGAAAGGUCAGCGUACCAAUUAAGCCUCUUGUUUCGAGUACUGUGCAACAAGUACACGACACCGGGAGUUGGAGUCAGAGGAUAAAAAUCAGGGGGAAAGAGGUCGGUUAUCGAGGGUGGCGGCGAUGAGAUGGGUCGCUGAAAUGCCAGAGGGACAUUUUGAAAAUCUUUGCUGCGACGCAUGCGCGCCGGCGCGGCGCGGCGCACUCGACGCCCGAUGGAGCGCGAUGGAGCUGCCCCACGGUGGAUGAAGAAAGGGUCGAAACCCUGAAAAGAGGCUUUACGACGCGACACCGUGUGCGUCGAGCGUGGAUGCGGCGUGUCGCGAUCGAGAGGAUAUCAAAUCGAUUGAAUUCUCGAAAUAAUGCCGGGAGAAAAGGUGAAACAAACAACGUCGACGGGUAGAGAGGUAUCACCGGUGAAGACGAGCGAGUCGGAGACGAGGAGUCGAGCCGGCUCGAUGAUCCCUCUCCCCAGAGCGAUGCAACUCGCCUCGCAGAAUCCGAAAACCGUGAAAACCGAGAAGAAUCGCAUGAGAUUGAUCAUGGAAAAUAAAGGACAAGUUGACGGAGCGGAGAAAGAACGAAGGAUCAACGAGGAGGAUGAUGAAUCCGGCACGAGAUAUUGCGACUUAUCCCACAACGUGUAUCGAUGUCCUGUGCGAAAGGAGGACACUGAAGAGUGCCAGAAAAGAGCAGAAAGAUUCUCAGACGAGUGUCGCGUGUCUCACGAUUCGGCGAUAGGCGUCAGCGUGGAAGGUGCCGGCUCGUGGAGGGCCCAGAGGCGCCCUCACGGCAUCGAGCUACCUACGCCCCUUGCCAGCGUCGCGGCGCACGAGCUGGAGUCGUCGGCGGACGGCGCAGCGUUCAACCCCGUCGUCGCAUCGGCGACGACGUCCGCGAGAUGCUCGUUGGUGAAAAACUCGCUGAAACCAGCUUCGUCCUCUUCAAUAUCUCUGCCUGUCAAUGCCGUCAACUUCAGGCCAAGGUUGUACCUCGGCACUGUGAUCGCUGAGACCAGCAAAGAGGAUGCUAUGGAGCCGGAAGUCAAGGAGGAGGACGAACGAAGGUCGUCCACGCCAAGUCCAGAGAUUUAUACAAGAAGAAACAAACGCUACAAUGAGGGUGGCAGUAGCGAGGAAGACAACAAGCCAGACACAUCCGUGCAGAGCCACAGAUUACCGUCCUCGUAUCGAGGAACUUGGCCCAUCAGAAGAGACGUAUGGGCCAAUCAACAAAUGGGCUUUUCCCCCCAACAAAGCACGUCAACUACUGUACAUAAUGACGUAGCCAGCGUGAUGAGCUUCUCCUCGAAUUCUGGCACGGCUCUCGGCUGCUCCUCGGAGAUGCAAGGCGAUCGAAGACUAGGAGCGAAGGUGGACGUGGUGUACAACUUGUUAGGCAUGCUAGGUAGCACGGAAGGCAGAGAGGAUAUGAGCGCGACUCUCCUUUCCAUGAGCAAUUCUAUAGACAACUGUCUGAUUAUGAGGCAAUCAGGAUGUCUGCCUCUGUUGGUCCAACUGAUUCACGCGCCAGGACAGGAUCCAGAGACGAGGGAAAAAGCAUCGAGAGCUUUGCACAACAUCGUUCAUGCUAAAAGCGACGAAAGAGCUGGACGCAGGGAAGCGAGGGUGCUCCGGUUUUUGGAACAGUUGAGGGACUACUGUCAAGCCCUGAGGACAUCGUUGGAAACGGGACAGGUUCCUGACGAUCUGGAGAGGCAUCCCGGACCAACGAUAGCCGCGUUAAUGAAGCUCUCCUUCGACGAGGCUCAUCGUCACGCCAUGUGCCAGCUAGGUGGACUGCACGCGGUCGCGGAGCUCAUCGAGAUGGACCACAUGGCUCACGGUAGCGAAUGCGACGAUCAAAAUUGCAUCACCCUCCGUAGGUACGCCGGAAUGGCGUUAACGAACCUCACUUUCGGAGACGGGAACAACAAAGCGUUGCUCUGUUCCUUUCGGGAGUUCAUGAAGGCGUUGGUCUCUCAGCUGAGGAGUCCCAGUGACGAUCUCAGACAAGUGACCGCGAGCGUUUUAAGGAAUCUGUCCUGGAGAGCCGAUAGUAGCAGCAAGCAAACGUUGAGGGAAGUUGGAGCCGUGACUGGGCUGAUGAAAGCCGCGAUGGAGGGCAGGAAGGAAUCGACCCUCAAGUCGAUACUUUCUGCGCUUUGGAAUCUCUCGGCGCAUUGUAGUACGAACAAAGUGGACAUCUGCGCUGUGGACGGCGCGCUCGCGUUUCUCGUCGACAUGCUGAGCUAUAAAGCACCCUCUAAGACUUUAGCCAUCGUCGAAAAUGCCGGAGGUAUACUGAGGAACGUGUCCAGCCACAUCGCAGUCAGGGAGGAUUAUAGGGCUAUCGUGAGGGAGAGGGGAUGUCUGCAAGUUCUACUGCAGCAGUUACGUUCACCUAGUUUGACCGUCGUCAGUAAUGCUUGCGGAGCACUGUGGAACCUCUCUGCCCGGUGUCCGCAGGAUCAGCGACUGCUCUGGGACCUGGGCGCGGUCCCCAUGCUUCGCAGUCUGAUCCACUCAAAGCACAAGAUGAUCUCUAUGGGCUCGAGCGCAGCCUUGAAGAAUUUGCUAAGCGCCAGGCCAGGUUGUAACAAUCUCGUCCACCUAGAUUCAACGGCAAGAGGACUGGGCCUUCCGACUUUGCCCACCUUGGUCGCACGCAGACAGAGGGCUCUGGAACAAGAGAUAGAUCAAAACUUGGCCGAGACUUGUGACAAUAUCGAACCGAGCACGUCCCCGACGAACAAAGACGACAAGUUCUCCUUCAAAGUAGAUCACAGCUUCUUAGGCAUCAAUACACGCACCCUGCGCUCCUAUCAGCUGCACAACCAGCCCAGUACCUCCAGCAUUAAAUGCAACGGAGUCGCCAGAAGCGAAAGCAGAGACUCUAUGCGCUCCAUAACAAGUACUCACUCCGACACCAUGUUCGAGAGGGUGAAUCGUCACGUCCUGAACGGAUUGUCUCCCACGGAGGUUCAGAUCAAGCAGCAGUCUUCGUCGUUGCACGCCGCGGUUGGUUUCGACGCCGGGAUGUCCAAAGAAGGACACAAGGUCUCUUCUGAGAAAAAGUACACUCUGCGUUACAAAAAUGCCAUUCCGGAUCGUCUGAAGUCCUCGGACGGAUUCAAUGGCCUGGGUGACCUUAGAUGCACAAACUCAACCAUUUCUUGGUCCUCGGCACCGGACCAGGAAUCUGCUUGCUCCCAGAAUCUGUUGCACUCCUCGGUGGAAGACAAUUUGCCUCAGGGUAUCUCGUUGAAAGGUGGCAGUCAGUCCAGUAUCCCUGAUGAAACUGAACUGAACGUUUGCACAAAAGCAGAAUAUUCGACUACUAAGACGGUCAUCGACACCUCGUCCACGCUGUCCUUCGUUGGCACUAGCUCUUCAGUCAAAGAUGGAUUUGGUAACGUGCUUCAUCAGCACAACUCGUUGAACACCAUACAAAAAGCUAUUUCCCCGACUGUUAGCCACCGAACAGAGGGGAAUCUGUUCAGCGACUACGCUGUUACCGAUCUGGAUCAACCCACCGAUUACAGCUUGCGUUACGCUGAGCGUAGCUUGGAGGAUGAAGAGAAACAACAUUCGCAUUAUUUCCCAAACGCGGAGCAGGAGCUGAUUCACGAGGACACAUUGAAGACUUACUACACCGAGGGAACGCCUCAUGGCACGUCUUUGAAUUGUUCCAGAGCAGCCUCUGCCUCGGAUUUGCAAGAUGAGAGUCGACAGAGGAACUCGAAGAAAUUGCAAGAACGAAAUAAGUUGCAAGAAAAGGAUCCAUUGAAAUUUCAUAGCACGGUGAAGAAGGGUGCUAAAGGAAGUCAGGGAUUGCAUUACUUUGAAGGCAAUGUUAAGGAUAAUAAUAUUGAAGAGGAUGCUCAUUCGUCUACAAAUGGUCCAGUAAGUUUGAGGAUUACACUUUCACAAGUAUCCCCAGGUAAUUUACAGUACCAUGAUGAUGAUGAUGAUGAUAAGUACAAAGCAUCCAACUCAACAACUCUAAUUAAAUCAGUCACAGAAGAGAAAUAUGAAACUAAAAAUGUUAUAUUUGAAAAGAAUGAAAAAUGUGAGCAAAAUUUUCCUGAAAACGGAGUUAAUUCUUACGUGAUCAGUACACUGAAGGCUUCUAAUGAUUCAGGAUAUCAAGUCAGUGAUGGGGAUGAGGACGAUGAAGAUCUGCUUACAGCUUGCAUUAAUAUUGGAAUGCAAAAUAACAGACACAGGCAUUCGUUCAUAGGAAAUAAUUUUGAGAAGGUUGCACGAAAUGAGAGCACUUUAACCAGGUACCAAACAAGCAUAGCACUCGAUCAGAUGGAGUGCAACUCAUCAGUCGAUUCUACCAUGAAUAGUCUUGAUAUGAAACAAGUGGAAUCUGAAGAAAUAACAGAUUCAGAUAUUUGUAAAAAUCAAAUGAUGGAUAAUGCAGCAAAUGUAAAUAUUGAAUCUGAUUAUAACCAAAGUACAACGAAAUUUAUGCAAAAGAUAGUGGAACACGAAAUCUCCCUGAAAGAAACGAAUAAAGUUUUACAGAAUGAAUUGGAUAAAGGGAGUUCAAUAAUGGACGACGAUAAUCUGUGUAACUUCUCGUUACCCUCGAAUCUGAGAAACAGUCCAGAACUACAGGAAACGAUAGUUUUCAAUACUGAACCGAAUCAACAGCAGUAUUUGUCCGGUAUAGAUACUCAGUCUAACGAAGAUAUAUCAUCUUUGGUUCACAAUGAUCUCCUCGACGAUGCUAUCAACUGGGACAACGAGAAAGCAUCAGAAAUAAAGGACAAAGUUACAGAGAACUUGUCCAUGCAACAGUCUUACACAAAAGUAACAGAUUCUGAAAGCAGCGAAUCCAUCGAUUCCGUGGAACAAUCUGAACACGCGCUUUUAGAAUUGUGCAUACAGUCUAGACCAACGAAGACCAUUGACAACAUUCAAAGCAGCACGAUGAAAUCCAAUACGGUCAAUGAAUUUAGACAGAAACGGCAUAACGAUUCGGAUGAGGAUAGUAAAAUUUACAACGACAUAUGUGAAGUGGAUGGUAUUAAAAAAGAAGAAAUUGGCACAAAGCACAAAACGUCACAGAGAAAUGGAGAUACAAUGAAGUACGUUGAAAAAGAAGAAGUGUAUCGUCGUCAGCGAGAUCCCGAUGCCAUGAUCGCCUCGCUGGAUCGGUUAACAGCGACCCUGGUGCAACAAACGGAAGCGAUACGAGAACGGGACUCGAGUGCAAUGAAACAGAGCAUAAUAAGCGAUACAUGGAACGAAGAUUCUCCUAAUGAGAUUUCUUUUCCCAGUAUCAGCAUCAGUGCUCCCAUCAUAGCCUCGUUCAAGAGCGACGUACCAGAGGAACAAGGUACGAUCACCUCCGAAUGCGUAGAGACGGUUAGCAGCGAGAGUGGGCACAUGACUAACUCGAAGAUCAUUCAGAGAGAGGCAAUCAAAUUGGCGGAAGCAGUUGACGCGGAAAUGAACAGGCAAAACGAAUUCGACACGACCAGUAUGACGUCCAUGGAUUUGGAAGCGAUCAAGCCUCCAUCCUCCAUGGGUAGCUUGUUGUCUUUGACGGCCAGUUACGCUGGAUCAGGUGACUGCAGCGAAUCGUUCGUUAAUCGAGACAGGUGCAAUUCAACGUCCCUUCCUCCACUCCAGGUGAAGAGCGUGUCCUCCACAGACUCUCGAGGUUGUCGCAAGAAGUCCCUUCCCCUUGGCGUCGUAGCCAAGCGAGCUCUUAAUCAAACUCAGAGUCACACAGGGAGCUUGGAGAAUCUGUUGAACGAAUGCACUGGCUCCCACUUGGAAAGCGUCAAACCACCUUCGAUGAUGGACGAGUUACCAGACGUCGGUGACAUGGAGAACAGCAUGCUGAGCGUCGCUAGUAUCACGUCGGAAAUUGCAGAGAUUAAAGAUCACUAUUUGCACAGCCUAACCGGAAGCGACGUUGUGUUCGACUUGCUGAAACCCGUUGCGAACGUGCUGUCCAUGACCUGCAUGCGUUACGCCGAAGCUAUGCAGAAUAGCGGGAACAACAGUCUGAGCGAGUGCUUGGAGAACAUCAACCCUCCUUCUUUGUUCAACGAAGUCUGCGAAAUGGACGAAUCGACGGUGGAGCAGGCGACUGAAACGAUCUGCAGCGAUACCUUGUGCAUCGACGUGGAUUUGCACACGGAAGAAGCUCCGCAUCCGAUCGUAGAAAGGAUCGACGAAGUGGGCAACGACACUGACGAGGCUGUUACUCCUAUCUCGUCAGAGUAUUGCGGCACUAGCUCGGCCGAAUCUACGCCCAGGAAACGGGCGCACAGAAAUCUGACACCGAAGCAGAAACGAAAUUUGGCCAAGGAGAGGUACAAGACGUACACCAUAGCAGCUGAGAUGGACAAGAAGGAGAAGGAAGCAGAGCGACGAGAGAACGCAAAGGGUGAAGUGAGUAGAGUUCCACGUGGAAAGUGUUCACCUUUUUCCAAGCUGACGCCUAAGCAACGUAGACAGGAAGACAGAGCCAGGUUCCAGACGCAGGUACUGGAAAACCCUUUUCCUGACUUGAACCAAGAUCAGAACCCUCAGCAAGAAAUUGAUAGUACUCGUGAUCAGGAGAACGCUCAGAAACUGGAAUCACCAACCCCUGUUAAAUCCUCUAUUCCCACAUUUUCCAAAGUUCCCACCUGCAAAACGUUGAUCAAAAACCGCAUGGAGCAGAAGAAGAACAGGGAAAGGUAUCGCACAAGAACCCUGAACGACUCGGAGUGUAUUUUCAGAGAGGGGGAGAACGGUGUCGCAUCAGGUACUAUGGAAGAAAGAGUAUCCGACUCGCCGCGUAACAUUCAAUCGGAUGAAAUCCAAACCAUGUUAGAACAGAACGCCACCAUUGUACUGAAUACUUUGAACGAAUCGAAUAAGACGAACGAGAACGGUGAGGAUGGAUUACUGGAUUGCGAGACUAUAAGUUUAGUGUCCAAUGAAUCUGAGUCGGAACGAAAUUUGCGAAUGAAAUUCGUCAAUGGUGUUUCCAAGAAACUGAUAGGCUCUUGUGCACAGCAGAUGGAAAACGUACCAGAACCAGAAUGUGAAAUUGAAACAGCCAGGUCACAGGAGGACAUCAGGUAUCCCGACGCGGUAGAAAGCGAAAGCGACGACGAAUCGAAUAACACGGAGGAACCACCUAGAGAAACAAAGAGGCCGCGAAUAAUCAAGCCAGGAAUGGUGAGGGACCUCAGCAACGAUUCGAACGCCACGGACAAGUCAGACCCAGAAAGUCCAAAGGCUAUUCGUGGCAGAAGGAAAGCUCUGUAUUCGAACCCAAUAACCCGAAAGCCAACGCCGCAAUCAUCUCCGUUAAAACAAGUGAACCCUGUCAGUGGGAUACCCAUAGGGCGCAGCAACACUUCCCCCAUCGUCAGAGCUACCAGAGCCACCACGCUCAGACAAAACAACAACAAUCCAAGCGUCGCGACGAAAGAGACACCCAAGUCAAACAUGAGUACUAAAAUACCUCCCAGUUCAACGGACGCAGAGAAGAGAACGAAAAUCUUAUCAGUAGCUGCGAAGAGGGCGUCGGUUCCUCAGAAAGGAUCCUCACUGACCUUCACAAAGUCUGUGAAAAGACAUAGCACACCUCCAACGUGUUCUCCCUCCAACUAUCAACAAGAGAGCAAACCGGACCUUCCUGUUAAACCCCUAGAAAGACAGGGUACAUUUACCAAAGACGAACCAGAAGUGGAGAACGCCCCCACGGUGGUCUCUACAUCCUCCUCACCCAUAAAAACGAAGAUCGCGAAACCGAUUAGAGGUGCCACCUCCAAGGUACAUCCGGCGGUAAGCAAACCUAAGAUCGCACCGAAGACUCAUCAAGCGCACCAGUCGAAGGUGACGAAGGGAGCUGCUUCAGAGAAGAUGCAGUCUUCCAAAGCGUUGCCGCUGAUGGUGGCUCCUAAACGAUUGCCUACAGGUAAGGUAACCACGACCUCAAAAAUUCCGGCUGGCAACCAAAACCUCGGCCAGAUCGAAAAUGGUAAAAUCUUUCGGAAAGUCAGUCCUCUGGGGCAGAGGUCGAACAGCAAUUCCAGUAUCGUGUCCAAUUCGUCGACAGGUGCGCAGACGAGGAAACUGGCCAAGGAGGCGACCAGUAAAAUAGCGAGUCUCUGGAAGAAAGUAGAGGAGAGUAAGAACAAGCAACGGUUCGAGAAACCGGACACCAGGCAAUGGGUGCAACCUGGCAAUUGUGCCAACGGCGUGGACGGUCCUUCCCCGGUCGGUAAUCCACCAGCUUUCAGAUUGUUCCGCAGUUCGACGUUCGAGGGAGUGCCCCAAGAGAACGAUCACCCGGAAUCGAAUUUAUACAAGUCGAAGUUGAAGAGACCUUUGGUUAUCGGCGUGCAACCCAGUAAAACGAAGUACAGAAAUUCGUGUGACCUGAGUGGAAUGAACGCGAACGAUGCUCCCUGCAAGAUACCCGUCAAGUCUAGCGAACCCUCCACGUACAAAAAGGACACGGCAGAAGUAGAGGACGCCUCGGUUAUUUUACGGAAACCGCACGCUGAGUCUUCCACAGCGGAUGCGGUGGAUCCUACGAAACGUAUAUCGCGCCUAGGUUCCUUCAUAAGAGUAGAUUCGGCAAAUGGCGCAGAUGGCGCUGCACAAACGCACGCAAAUGGCGGCAAUGUUCGUACACCCGCAUCCGCUAUCGUACCUCCCUUCAAUUACAAUCCGAAACAGGAUAUUCCUUCUUCGCAGGCAAGCAAAGUGACGUCAGACGACAGCGAAGAAAAAUUUCGAAUGACGGAUUGUCACAGCGACAUCGUCACUGCUUCUACGAGAGUGACGACAGUAUAGGAGGAGCCUGUUAUUAAAUAACAAGUUUUCGUUCAUAGUAUCGCUUCUUUGUUUCAGGCUAGUCAUUGUAUAUUUGCUUUAUUACGCUGUGUGUCAACACACUCGGCACUUCAUCGCGACAACUCGAUAAGUAAGUUGCAAAAAAGGUAUUCAUAUUUUGGUUAAACUUUUCUUCGGAGGCCCAAAAAUGAUGGCCUUUUCUUUUUAUCUUCUUGAAGUAUUUAACGAGUAGAAUCUAAAAAUUCAAGUUUUAAGGCGCGGAAUCCACCGAGUCAGAAGUUAUGCGUAUGUAAAAGCGUUUUUAGCGUAUUUGACAAGUUAUUUCGACGUCAAAUUGACUCUUCCCCGCAUUCAAUUCUUCGCCGGCCGCCAGCUGGACUCUAUUCGUUGGGUGUAAGUACCAUCAGUUCCUAUCAAAUCUGAGGGGAUAUUGUUUAUAAAAAAAAAACCUGAGGUUACCGGGUUUAGGUAGCCACUUCUGUACAUAAUUCUGUUUUACCGACGGCGACUCCACUCAUUGGACAUCAGGCUACAAGACAAUAUGGCGUCGAAGUGACUUUUCAAAUACGCUAAAAACGCUCACUUUUACACAUGCAUAGCUUCUGAACUGGUGGAUUUCGCGCCUUAAAACUUGAAUUUUUAGAUUCCACUCGUUAAAUACUUCAAAGAGAUAAAAAAAAAGACAAUAAUUUUUGGGCCUCUGAAGAAAAGUUCAGCCCAUAUUUUUCCUGGUCGUUUAAAUGACACUGAAAUAUUGUGUUUCGAUGAUUUUUUAGACUCUUCGUAUGUGGAAGAAUGGUCAUUCAGGUGUAUUUCUUGGUUGCAUGCGUUGUGAUGCAAGUUUUUAAUAUGUACGGAUAAAGUGUGAGAUAGUCGUCGAAGAUCAAUAAUGAUAUAUCAUUCCUAUUCACUUUACGUAUUGUAUAUACAUUAUUAUUGAGAAAUUCCAUCAUGACGAGGACAUUUAAAAUCGGUAGUAAGUAGCAGUAAUUAUGCUCGAUUAUUUAUUCAACUUUGUAUAUAUAUUCAACGUGAAUGAAGAAUGUAGAAAGGUUUAGCGAAUACGUAUUACGACUCAUGGUGUAUAUCGCAGAAGAUAAAACAAAAAUGAGUGUCGCUGUACAUCUUCGUAAUUAGAUAAAUUCGCAAGGGAUAAGAUCUGUAUUUUGUUUCAACCAUAAUUGAUUUGUAUUCUCUUAACGAAUACAAAGUCUAAUUACUUUUAAAGACUGAUAGAAACAUGAUGAUGAUGAUGAUGAUUCGGACAAAACUUGGACAUCUUCAACGCAAACAGAAUGUUACGAUAAUUGCGGUAGCGAUGUUUAUAUCAAUGUAGCGGUCUAAGUAACGCUAGACUGGCAUUACGUGAAGAGAACAAAAUUUUGUAAAUCCUUUACUUUAAGUUUCUAGUCUAUUUGAAAAAUCUACAGUUGAAAUAGCUUCUAUUUUGGUCAUAUGUGUAAUAACAUAAAAAAAUCAAUUUGCAUGUAAUAAGCGUCUACUGAUUCGACUGGUUACCCUUUCUAAAAUACAUGUAGGUACAAUUACGAGUGUGUACGGAUCAAUUAUGUAUUUGUAGAUCGAAAAAUUGAAAAUAUUGGCAUUGCAUUGGUCAAUUUUAUUUUUUCUUUAGUUUCAUUAAAAAAAAAAAAAAAAAAAAAAAACAUUAACAGCAGAAACUUUGCUGCUUAUCUGAAAUGUUUAACAAAAGAUACAAUAUUUUAAGUUUUCUUCUAUAUUGUGUCAUCUUUCCUUCUACAUGUGUUAGAUCAAUCUAAAAUCUCAUUAGAAGGAGAAUGUUUGACACCGUGUAGAGUAGAUUCUAUUACGAAUUAUUUCAAUAUAUUUGUUAUGAGUGUUUUACCCUGUUCCAGUUCGAGUUAAUUAGAUUUAACCCUUCCAACUUGGAACCACAUCAGGGUACCCUUAUAUUUUCUUUGUUAUACAAGGUUUGGUCUGUACACCAGAUUAUUUUUCAGAGUUCUUUUAUAAUAUUUGUCUUUUACCUAGAUCUUAAGUGUAAUCUUUGGUUAUAUUGUAUUUUAGAUUUGGUAGGCAUCUUAAUGAUUUGUAUAUUAAUAAUUGCAGUACAAUAAAAUUAAUAGCUACUA